AUGGGAAGCUGACAGGAGAUGUGUUAACGGCAGUAGUUUUGCAGAAUGUUUGGGAAACUUUUAAUCUCGUUGUUUCUCCUCACUGUUUUCUAUCAUGGCCCUGCUGACGCACAGAAAAAAAAAGAGACUCUGCUGUCUGAAAAGGUGACCCAGAUGAUGGAGUGGGCCUCCAAGCGUUCGGUCAUCAGAAUGAAUGGAGACAAGUUUCGUCGUUUUGUCAAGGCUCCUCCCAGGAACUACUCAGUGGUCAUCAUGUUCACGGCGCUGCAGCCACAGAGACAGUGUGGGGUCUGCAGACAAGCUGAUGAGGAGUUCCAGGUGCUGGCUAACUCUUGGCGUUAUUCCUCGGCCUUUACUAACAAAGUCUUCUUUGCAUCUGUGGAUUUUGAUGAAGGAUCAGACGUCUUUCAGAUGCUCAGUAUGAACUCUGCUCCGACCUUUCUCCACUUCCCACCCAAAGGGAAACCUCGGAGGUCAGAUACCUAUGAGCUGCAGGUUCGAGGCUUUGCAGCUGAGCAGCUGGCUCGAUGGGUGGCAGACAGGACUGAUGUACAGAUCCGUGUCAUUCGUCCUCCUAACUACGCAGGGCCUCUCCUGCUGGGCUUCCUCCUGGCUGUGAUUGGGGGAUUGGCAUAUCUGCGACGACACAAUUUAGAGUUUCUCUUUAACAAGAAUGUCUGGGCCUUCUCUGCACUGUGCUUUGUUCUGAUAAUGACUUCAGGCCAGAUGUGGAACCACAUUAGAGGACCACCUUAUGCACACAAGAACCCCAGCACCGGACAAGUUAGUUACAUCCAUGGUAGCAGUCAGGCCCAGUUUGUGGCUGAGACACACAUCGUCCUACUCUUCAAUGCUGCUGUCACCAUGGGAAUAGUGCUGCUGUGUGAAGCUGCCACCUCUGACAUGGACAUUGGAAAGAGGAAGAUCAUGUGUGUAGCAGGUAUUGGUCUGGUGAUGCUGUUCUUCAGCUGGCUGCUGUCCAUCUUCAGAGCAAAGUACCACGGGUACCCAUACAGCUUCCUGAUGAGUUAGAGCUGAUCAGCAUCCUCCAGCGUCACACCAACUUCUUCAAAGUGCUGUCAACAAACAGGGUGCUGCUUGGCAUGGCAAUGCCACUUUUCUGUGUGCUAUGCCAUGGUUUGUCUUCUAAUCUGUUGAGCCAAAAGUGUGUGUGUGUCAGCACAUAUGAAUACAUACUGUGCCUUUACAAAGACUCAGCUAGCAAUUAAUUUGCCAACAACAGAACCAUCACCAGUAUGCAUUUUGUCUUGUGCCAAAAGGUGUUUUUUAGAUCAGAAUUUUGGAAUCGUUUUGCAGUCCAGUGCCUCCUGGACACAUAUCUCAGUUUGUCUCUUUCUUUUUUAAACAGGCCAUGGACUCUGUUGUGUUUGUGUGUGUGGCUCAACAACCAGGGUAUGCUUUAUAUGGAGUAGCAAAGUGGGAGCAGUUAUUUCAGGCAUUCCAUGGGUUCUGGGAAUAAGUUGCUUCGCUAACAUGUUAUAUGGGCCAUGUCAACAAUGUCAAGAAAAACGUUUUGGUACUAAAUAUAGGGAACAUUGGGACAGUUUUCUCUGCUAAUACACACACCAAGUAGUCACUCAUUUAUUCAGGGUUAUCAAGAUUAACAUUAACAUUAUCAACAGAUUUAUAAAGUGCCCCUAGAAGUAAGGGUGAGAGUUGGGUGGAGUUAAGAAGCAAUUAUUGAUUGCAGGGAUCCAAUUAAAUAUGUAUUUCCUGGGAUUAUACAACCACAUGGAAAGAAACAUUUUAACUUUUUUCAUCUUCAGCUAAGCUGUGCUGCUGUUUUCUGACUACAUAACUAGGUAUGCCAUUAAUUAGUGCUAUAUACCAAUUGAAGAGGCUUUUUAGGACCCCUUCUAAGUAUAUAGUUGGGUAUCAGUUCCUUUUUUAGUUACAAUGCGAUACAGCUGAGUAAUAAAAUGGGACAUGGUUUAAUUUUUCUCUUGCAAGCACUAACACCAAUCAAAACAGCUUAGAAUCAAAGCGAAUAUAAAAAUCCCAAGAAGCUGUAAAGCAUGUCAGAUCACAAAGCAGGUAAAUCCACUUCAUAUUAUGAUUCAUGAAUUAAGCAACUAUUGUGUGCAUGGUUGGAGUCACUGUGAAAAGUGAGCUGCUCUUUAUCCCUCAUUGCUCUUUACAGUCUGUGCAGUGUGAACCAAAAUGUGCUCUGUGGUAAUUUGAUUAAAAACAAUUCAGAAAAAUGAAACAUACUGGCAUCAAAUUUUAUACAGGUGAAUGUGUCAAAUCCAACUGCAUACAUUUCUGCUCUGUAAACCACCUGUCCUGUGUCCUCCUUUGAGAUGAAGUAAUUAAAAAAAAAAACAAUGGGAAGAAAUGUACUUUUGAAUGUUUUGGUUUCAUGAUGGCCCUGCCAUUUUUGUAGUAAUCUUACACAGUACAGUUACCUUUCUGCGUAUGUAGAUGGAACACUCGUUUCCAUACAGCCAAUCAAAUAGCCUAAUUUUAAACUAUAUUUUUUGGAGAGCAGUAAUGUCAGGGUGCUAUCAGUAUGCCAGUCAGUAGCUUGUUGCACAACACAACAACCACAUCAGCUCUCCUGCUAAAUUCUCUAAUCUAACUUACCUCGGCUUGUGGAACAUGUCACCAAAUAAAUACUAAUUUGGGGGAAUGUCCUGUUUGAUGGCUAGAUAGCUAAUUAGUUGAUCAGCUGCAGCACAUUACACAGCAUAGAAACAGGCUGCAAAUAUUGGAGCACUUGUUGCUUUGCCAGGUUUGUGAUCCAGCCUUGACCAUUCCGGUUUACAACGACAGUGUUCACUGUUGAGGUUUCUGUAGUUGAUCUUUGUGCUCCACUAUUAACCAAUGGUCUUAACAUAGCCAUAUAAAUGUCAUAUUAUCAAGCAGUCCUUUGUUUCUGUGCUGAUUAAUAAGAUUAUCAUUAAAAAGGUUUGAAAUGCAGAUUUUUUUCUGGGUAAAAUCCUUGCAGAAAAAAGUAACACCUGAAUACUUAAUCCAUGCCACCAAAGUUACCCAUGACAACAUUUCAAUCUGACUUUAUGGAGAUCCAAGUAGGAUCAAAACAUUGUCGUGAGCAAACUUUUUCCUUCAUGUAUGCUGUUUUUUGAUAGCCUUGCAUCUAUGUGAUGUGCAUAUAAUUACUCUCUCACAACUUGAAAUUCUUGCAGAACCUGCAGCUUCACCCACUCUGCUACUCUAUUAGCUAUGUGCCUUUACACUGCUGAGCCACUUGGGGCUCUGAUGACAUGCCUAAUGAACUGAAUAAUGAAUGAAUAACAGAAUAUUUCAGUGAUUCAUUUUAAAGUGACCCUAAUAAAUCUUAGGGCAAUUAAUGGAACCAGUUCAGUUAUUCAUCAGUACUCCCACUCAGUGAUGGUCAUUGUAGGGUCUAACAGAGUAACAUGUUAACAGGGUCCAAAUGAAGGCCUAUUUACACUUCCAGUUAUUAAAACAAGAUUUCGUUCUGUAUUAAGAAGUAAGGUUGGUCUUAACCUCAGAGCAACAUGGGAUUUUUCAAUAUGCAAACUUAAGCGUUAGGAUGCUUCACCAGAAUUGUACAUUUUUCUGUUGUGUAAAUUAAAGUGCUUUAAAUGUUUUUGUUUUCUUUAUAAGUUUGUACCAGGAGAGAAUAUUUGAUCUGCAGUGACUAUUUCUAAUAUUAAAGUGCCUUUA